AUGGAGGAGCUGGUGUGGCCAGUAGCGUCCGUGGCGAGGGGCCUGCGGCUGCUGGGGCUGUGGCUGCCGCCCCCGGGCCGGCGCCGCCCCCACCGCCUGGCACUGUGCGGGGUGCUGCUGAGCCACGCCAUCCUCCUCCUGGGCAGCGCGGCCAACCUCGUCAUGGACACCCCUGAGGACCUGCCGCAGCUCGCCUUCAACGCCUACAACACCUUCAUCUGCUUUGGCCUCAUCGUCAAGGUGCUGUCCUUCUCCCUAGACGGGGCGCGAAUCACCUCUCUGCUGCAGCUGCUGGCGGAGUGUCGUGGCCGCGUCCCUGACAGGUGUGGACGUCGCUCCCAGCACCACGCCACGGCGGUUCGGCUGCACCGCUUCCUGAAGGUGUCUUACAGGGUGAACUCGACGAUGUGGAUGUUCGCCCCCAUCAUCAGCACCAUCAUCGCCUCGCGGUCCAGCGGCGGUGCGCCCGUCCAGAAGGCGUACGUGAUGCCGCUGUGGCUGCCCUUCGACACGCAGUCCUCGCCCGCCUACGAGGCGGUCUACGCCGUCCAGGUGGCGAGCGGGUGGACGCUGUCCGAGACCACGGUGCUGCUGGACGGGGCGCUGCUGUCGCUGAUGCUGCACGCCGCCGCAGAGCUGGCCGUCCUCAACGAUGGACUCUGCUCCGUUGGAGCCGACGUGCGGCCGCCGAGCGACGCCCUUCAACUCCCUGCACGCACUGCAGAUCCGGAACUGCCACUGGACUACCCCAAAGAUUUUACUGCCGGCUCUAGAGGCCUUAAGCAGGAUCAGAUGUUGGGUCAAUUGGUGAUCAACAUACAACAUCAUCAAACUAUCAUCACGUAA